AUGGAUUCUUCAUCAAGUUCAAGUGAUGAUGAAACUAUAAUCGCAUUUGUGAAUAGACUUGGUCAGCCAAGAAAACAACGCGUUUUUCGAAACCGAACCGAUAAUUUUCUCGAGUGGGACGAAAACGAAUUUUUUAAUCGAUUUCGUUUAACAAAACGAUGUGUGAAUAUUGUAUUGGACCUAAUCACUUUCAAAAUUCAAUCGUCUACUGACCGGAAUCAUGCAGUUACACCGGCACAAAUGAUUUUAAUUACAAUACGUUUCCUUGCAUCUAGUGCCGAAUUAAAAUCUACAUUUUUAACAUUUCCAAAUGAUCCAAUUGUUAUUCAAAAUAUUAAAAAAGAUUUUUAUAAUAUUGCAAAAUUUCCUAAAGUUGUUGGUGCAUUGGAUUGUACGCAUGUAAAAAUACAGUCACCUGGUGGAUUAAAUGCAGAAAUUUACAGAAAUAGGAAGCAGUUUUUUUCAAUCAAUGUUCAGGCAAUUUGUGAUUCAAAUCUAAAAUUUCUUGAUGUAGUUUCACGGUGGCAGGGGUCAGCUCAUGAUUCGCGAAUAUUUCAACAUUCCAAAAUAUAUUCAGGUUUUCAAAACAGGGAAUUCGGUGACAGUAUUCUCUUAGGAGAUGGUGGAUAUCCUUUGAAAAUCUUUUGUAUUACUCCACUUCAAAAUGUAAAUACUCCUUCAGAGAACCUAUUUAAUGAAGCACAAAUAAGAACUAGAAAUCCUAUAGAAAGAGCAUUUGGUGUCUGGAAACGACGAUUCCCUAUUUUAUCUACUGGGAUCAGGUUAAACGUAAGUAAAGCACAAUGUUUAAUUAUAGCAACAGCUAUUUUACAUAACAUUGCAACAAUAGAUAAAGAACAACAUUGUGCUUUACCUCCAUUACCUAGAGAAAUUGAAGAAGCCAUUAACUUUGUAAAUAAUGUUCCAAAUAAUAUUCACAUUAAUAAUAAUAAUAAUUAUUUAAGAAACAGAUAUGUACAAUAUUUUGAACAUUUAUUGUAA